UUCCAACAACUCGAUCAGUCCAAUGACAUCUUCCCGUUCUUAAGGUUGUACGUUUAUUGUUAAUAUUUAGAAAUAAUGAAAACUCUUUCGGUUUGCGUAUUUUUACUAUCGGUGAUUUAUGUGAGUAGCACGGGAUUGAGAGAGGAGUUUUCUUGGGACAGAAUUACCUAUCAAUGGCCCAGCAAUGGUGGCGUUUACGGUAAACGUAUGAGGCGCUAUGCAGCAAUCAAGGUUGUCGAGGAUCCGAAUUUGAGUUCCAGCGGAGGGAAUAUUGCUCCUCAAGGAAUUGAUUAUAAUUAUGUCACUAAUAUUCCUAUGGGUGCGAACGUAUGGAAAAACAAACUAUUUAUAACUGUUCCUAGAAGAAGGCUGGGAGUCCCAUCAACUUUAAACUACGUACCGUUGGAUAGCCGUAGAAGGCAUAAUGUGCCAUUGAUUCCGUAUCCUAGUUGGGAGAGAAAUAUCUAUCCCGAUCCUACAAAUAGUGGACAAAACUUUGUAUCGGUUUACAGAGUAGCAAUUGAUCCUUGUGAUAGGUUAUGGUUUGUCGAUACUGGACUUGUCGAAGUUCUUGGAAAUGUGAGUCGAAUUCGCCCAACGACCCUAGUGAUCAUGGAUCUAAAUACAGACAAAAUUAUUCAUUCGUACGAAUUACCUCAAGAUAACUUAGUUCAAAGCAGUGCUAUAGCUAGUAUUACAGUUGACCAAGUCACCAAGAAUACAUGUGAUGAUGCUUUCGCUUAUAUACCAGAUUUAGGUGGAUACGGUCUCAUUGUGUUCAGCUUGAAAGAAAAUAGGUCAUGGAGAUUAUCCCACAAUUAUUUCCACCUAGAGCCUCUUGCUGGGGAAUUUUUCAUUUCCGGACAUAGAUUCCAAUGGAACGAUGGUAUUUUUAGUACUGAAUUAACACUUCCUCAAGCAGACGGUUACAGAGACUUGUAUUUCCAUGCUAUGGCUGGAACACAUAUGUAUAGGGUAUCUACGAGAAUUUUGAGAAAUCAAACUUUAUCCACAAGAUCGUAUCACGGAGAAGAUUUCAAGGUUAUUGGAGACCGUGGUCCUAAUUCUCAAACUUCUGCUGCAGACAUUCAUAAACCUUCCGGUGUAAUGUUCUUGGGUCUUGUCAAUCAAAAUGCUUUAGGUUGUUGGAACAUUAAAAAGCCAUUAGACACUAUAUCUAUUGUUCAAAAAGAUGACAGAAAGAUGAUCUAUCCAUGUGACGUGAAAGUUUAUCAAGACAAAGUUUAUCUUAUAACAAAUGCCAUGCCAGAAUUUUUGUACGGUAAUCUAAACUAUGACGAAGUCAACUUCAGAGUAUGGUCUAAUACUGUGGAUGAUGCAGUCGCGGGAACCCAAUGUGCAAGCGAAACUACAAGUAAUAUGAAUAAUGGAAGCACUGGAGGUAGUGGAUCGUAUGCAAGCAAGAGAGGCAGACCUUACAGAAGUUAGACGAAAUUGUAUUGAAUAAUGUUUCUUAAUGUCUGAAUCAUUAAAAAAAUUCCAUAAAA